UGCGGCACAAAACGGGCAGCUAGCGGGGCCCUUCCCAUCGGGCCGCCACCCACCCUCUCUCAACGGUGUCACCACCGCAAGGAUGACACCAUCACCGCUCAGCCAGAGGACUGGACCUCACUCCCGCAGCAGUCAUCCCAUCCCCACGGCCCCGUACUGUGCUGUCUCUCCCCGCUUCUUGUAGGCGUCUGGUGGACCCAAAAAGAAGAAGGAAAGAUCCUUUCUCCUCCAAGGCCGAGUGUUAGAAGCAUUACCUCAGUAGCCCAACGUCCUGGAAAAGAGGAAGAUUGGCAAUGAUGGAGCAGGUAGAGCGAGAGGCCGGGCAGCCUAGAAGCUCCUGGCUGGCUCCUCUGGCCUGUUUGACGUUGGCUCAAAAGACAUGGAAUUAAUAGGCAAAGCUGCCUCCUCCUCCUCCUCUUACCUGUGGAGGAGAGAUCGGUUCCCGGUUGGCUGGGGCAGUGUCAUUGAUAUAGCUGGUGUCAUCGUUACCUUCCACGAACAGAUCACUCGACACCUGCCAGGGCCAGGAAGGGCCGGGCCUGGGUUUUGCCCGCAGAGCUGGAGGCUUUCACUCUCCCAUUGUCCCAGAGCCCAGGGGAGGUCAAGACACAGGCUUUGCUGGGAUGUGGCUCUUGGUGACCCAGUAGAAGGACUGGACAGCUCCUGGUGCUGGAUCCCCCUUGCAGGUCCUGGCUUCCUCUUUGCUUCCUGCUGCCUGAUCCCUGUGGCUGUCCUGGGCAGAGGAGAUGAGUUCGUGGCUGGCCGGGAGCUGAGGCAGAGCGAUGAAGCUGCACGGAGAAGGGGCUCUGGGAGUGACCCUGGCGUGAGGAGCCAGGGGCGAGGAGUGGCCUGGGGUGUCCCUCCUGGCGUGUGCAUCCCAGGUGACACCAUGCUGCAGCAGAUCCUGCACGACAUGUACAUCGACCCCGAGCUCCUGGCUGAGCUCAGUGAUGUGCAGAAGCACAUCCUCUUCUACAAAAUGCGAGAGGAGCAGCUGAGACGCUGGAGGGAGCGUGAGGCUUGGGAGGCCCUGGCCCAGGUCGAGGGCCUCAGGCCCCCCAAGGUCAAGCGAG